GUAGAGACACCAUGAUAGACUUAAUAAAAAUUCUUGUGUGUUUUAUAUGCGGCAGCUUCCUGCUUAUUUAUUUGGCGUUACGGAAGCAAUAUUCAUAUUUUAAGGACAGCGGUGUAUUGCACGAUAAACCAGUGUUUUUUUUCGGAAAUCUUAAGGAAUUUUAUCGCACCAAAACAUUGUAUGAUAUUUUCCAAGAAUAUUAUAUGAAAUUCAAGGAAAAAGCACGAUUCGUUGGAUUUUAUUUCUUUCUCAACAAAACGAUUAUACUGCUCGAUCCCGAUUUAAUUCAGCAUAUAUGUGUUAAGGAUUUUGCACAUUUUACAGAUCGAGGAACGUAUUAUAAUAAAAAAGAUGAUCCAAUUUCUGCUGUCAUGCUGUUUUUAGAAGGAGAGCACUGGAAAAAUUUACGAACAAAAUUAACUCCAACUUUCACAUCAGGAAAAAUAAAAAGUAUGUUUACCACUGUCGUCGAUGUAGCUGAACAAUUAAUCAGUGUUUUGGAAGAUGAGCGAAACUCUGCAGAUAUGAAUAUAGGAAUUGAUUUUGCAGAUCUUAUGUCACGCUAUGCAACAGACGUUAUAGGAAGCGUUGCUUUCGGUUUAGAGUGCAAUAGAUUAAAGGAACCAACAAGUAAAUUUAGUAAAACUUGUGAAAAAAUUGGUUAUUUUAAACACAGUAUGCCUGUGGUUUCGCUUAUGAGUACUUUUCCAAAUUUAGCUCGAAAAUUCAGAAUGAAACUGUUUCCAAAAGAAAUUUCAGACUUCUUCUUUCAAAUUGUUCGUGACACUGUAGAAUAUCGAGAGAAAACGGGUAUACAACGAAAAGAUUAUCUUAAUAUAUUAAUGGAGUUAAGAAAAUCAGAGACAUCAGAUGCUUUAACAAUGGAAGAGAUAACUGCACAGACAUUUUCAUUCUUUGUAGGAGGUUCUGAAACAAGUUCAAGUGUAAUGAGUUUUUGUUUAUACGAACUGGCUUUAAAUCCAGACAUUCAAGAGAAGGCUCGGACGGAAAUGAAUGAAGUUAUGGCUCAGCAUGAUGGCAAACUUACUUAUGAAGCAGUUAAAGAAAUGAAGUAUUUACUUCACUGUAUGUACGAAACAACGCGUAAGUAUUCAGUUGUACCGGUUAUCGUACGCAAAGCUGUCAAAGACUAUAUUUUACCAAAUACAAAUCAUGUCAUUGAAGAAGGAACUAGAGUUCUUUUACCAAUUGAUGCCUUACAUUAUGAUCCAGACAUAUAUCCAAAUCCUCAACGUUUCGAUCCCAACCGAUUUUCGACAGAAGAAAUUGCAAAACGUCAUCCAAUGGCAUAUAUGGGUUUCGGCAAAGGACCACGAGCUUGUAUUGGUUACAGAUUUGCCUAUAUGCAAAUUAUAAUUGGUUUAUAUAUGAUGCUUGGUUGGUUGGGUUGGUUGCAGUGGCAGCUAAGCCCCUACACCACGUCAAGGUGCCUACCACGUAUGAUGCUUAAAAACUAUCGAUUUUCUCCCACCAAAGAAACACAAAUACCUAUGAAAUAUAAAUUGAAUAAACACUUUCGUGAUGCUGAAAGAGGAGUGUAUUUGAAAAUAGAAAAAUUGAAAGAUGUGUGAAAUGUUGACAUUUGUUUAUGACAAAAUACUAGUAUCAUAGAAAAUAAUAGUAAUAAAAAAGAUUAACAAAUAAUAAUUUGUGGUUACUUAUCCGAAUUACAUAGUCGGGUGAAAAUAUUCUUCACACAUUUCCACUUUGUCCGUUCAUUCUCCAAUCUCAUACAUGAAUUGCGGUUACUGACACUUGAUUUUAAUAUUCUGUCAUUCUAUAAGAUUUUUCUUUCUGCUGCCUUUCUAUUGUUGUCAUGAUCAUAACACAAGGUCUGAUGAUGCACUUUACAUCAAUUAGUUGGACUUUUGUUAUUCUGUACUCCUGCAAAGAUUUGGAUUCAAAUUGAUCACUAUCUGCUGCUGUGAAGCGGAUUUUAAAAACGUUUAAUGAUAAAUUAAGAUGAUAGGAACAUUUCUAGAUGACCAGGGUCCUUAUAAUAUGUAUUUUCUGCUUUAUUGAAAUAAUUUUUCAAACUUCUUAUAUACGAAAA